UUGGGCUUGAAGGCUUGGAGUGUAUCCUCCUCCCCAGUCGCUGUACACGCCUUCCCCUCCCCCUUCAUCUCAUCGCCAAUCGUUCCUCCUGCUGUAUAGGAGCAUUAUUAGUGACCAAGCUAUUUUGUCCGCGAGAUGGCAUCGAAGGAACUCAAGUCGUUCACGCGUGAGGAGGUUGCGAAGCAUAACACGGAGAGUAACCUUUGGAUCAUCAUAGACUCAAAGGUGUACGAUGUCACACGCUUCAGGAAUAUGCACCCAGGAGGUGCAUCGGUGCUCUUGGAGGAGGGUAUCCCCGGUGAGGAUGCUACGGAAGCCUUCUAUAGCCUUCAUCGUCAUGAGGUCCUUGAACGUCCGCAAUACAAACGUCUGCAGAUUGGAUACAUCCAGGGAGAGGAGCCCCAGAUAGUUUCAACUAUCAAUGAUGGUGCUAUUAGCAAAGUUCCGUACGCUGAGCCGACCUGGCUCGUUGACGGCUACCACAGCCCGUAUUACACGGAGAGUCAUAGACGGUUUCACAAGGCAGUACGCAAGUUUAUGGAUGAUGUGGUCUAUCCGGAUGCUCAGGCCCGUGAAGCAGAUGGAAAACGUCCGUCUCAGCUCGUGUUCGACAAGAUGGCCGAGCUCGAGUUACACGCGAUGCGCAUGGGUCCAGGCAAGCAUCUGAAGGGCCGCACGCUCAUGAAUGGUCUUGUCAAGCCCGAAGAGUUCGACUAUUUCCACGAGUUGAUUAUCUCGCAAGAGGUCUGCCGCUGUGGUGCACGUGGGUACGGCGACGGGCUGAAUGCGGGCUGCGUCAUUGGGCUGCCGCCCGUGCUCAACUUCGGGUCGCCGGAGCUGAAGGCACGGGUGGUGCCUGAGGUGCUGAGUGGCAAGAAGUUCAUUUGCUUGGCGAUAUCGGAGGCGCAGGCAGGUAGCGACGUGUUCGGCUUACAGACGACUGCAACUAAGACUGAGGAUGGCAAGCACUGGAUCGUCAACGGAACGAAGAAGUGGAUCACGAAUGGCAUGUGGGCAGAUUACUUUACCGUUGGCUGCAAGACCGAAGACGGGUUUACCGUGAUUCUCGUAGAGCGACAAGAAGGUGUGGAGACGAAGCCCAUCAAGACAGCCUAUUCGCCGACCGCAGGUACUUCCUUUGUUACAUUCGACAACGUAAAGGUACCUGUGGAAAACAUGCUUGGCGAGGAGGGUGGAGGUAUAUUUGUCAUCCUCAGUAACUUCAACCAUGAGCGAUGGGUGAUGUGCUGCACGUCCGCGCGCAGCCAAAGGAGUGUCGUUGAAGAAUGCUUGAAGUGGACAACCCAGCGGAAGGCGUUUGGCAAGCCACUCAACUCGCAGGCUGUCGUACGGGCGAAGCUCGCUGGCAUGAUUGCCCGAGUGGAAAGCAUCCAGAGCUGGCUGGAGAACAUCACACACCAGAUGAACAACAUGUCCUACAAGGAGCAGGCGAACAAGCUUGCAGGACCGAUUGCACUUCUGAAGAUGUACAGCACGCGUAGCGCACAGGAGACCGCCACGGAUGCAGUGCAAAUAUUCGGAGGACGAGGAGUUACACAGACCGGCAUGGGGCGGUUCAUCGAACACUAUCACCGUACAAUAGCGUUCGACGCGCUGCUCGGUGGAGCCGAGGAUGUCCUUGCUGAUUUGGGAGUUCGGCAGGCGAUGAGGAGCAUGCCGAAGAACGCGAGGCUGUAGAGUUGCACUCCUUACGUAUAGCUCGUCGGGACUACAUAUAUAGGCUAGUGUGGUCGGAACAUUUGACUGGAAUGAUAUACUGAGUGACGAUACAUGAUGACGCUUGCUCUAGCCAGGUUUGCUGACCGCUGGCAGUAUAUAU